ACUCUGCCACUAGCGCUUGACUGCAAAGCUGUCCUCAUUUUACAUCUUCAUCGUGCAACACUACUUGUUAGCAACUAUAUAAAAAAGCUCUACAACUUUACAUCGGUUACUCGUGCAAGAUUGCCCAUGAUGGGACCUCUCUGGGUAGCUAUUGCCCUAUUGGCUACACAAGUCACGUGUUCUCUAGCAGCAUGUGACCUUUCUUCUCCACUCAACUCCACUGAAGCAUCCGAGCUGUUACGCAACUACACCGACCAAAUAAGAAGCAAUGCUGUUGGUAACACCAGUUUCAGUGGCGUGACAGUGUUGCAGCUUGUCGAGUUUGCACUCAACACAACUGGCAAUACUACUCUUACACAGGCCAAGCUGAAUUGGGAUGACACUUGCUUGGAUGCCUUUAAGUUCACCCUGAGUCAAGUGGCUAUGAUAAAUGGCAAAGAGCUCGAUAACUUUCCUGGAAACGCAACCAUGGAUGACGUUCGUGUGCUUCUCACUUCUAAUGCCACCAAAGCCGUUGUACAAGAUGUUGGCCAUGUGCUAAUUACCCUAAGAAACCGGAAUGUCAGUCUCGACAGAAAUUUGGAUUUYUUUAUUCAAGACGUCGGUUUUGUGAUCAGAAAAUCGAGUUUCCUAUCUAUAUUAUCUUACUCUUUGAAAUCCAGUGAUCGCAAAAGUACUGUUUCACUCCUAGGCUACGAUGAAAGGCUUGAAAACGCUACUCUUGGGCAAGUAGCCGAAUAUCUGCUCAUUACCCCAGAGGAGCUGCAAAAGAGCCUCACUCUAGAGUAUGUUGUACGAUAUCUUCGAUCAUCUCGGACCUUUUUUCACAUGCUCUUGGAAUUUGUGAAGGAAGAAAGGGAUAGAUUGGCCGAGAAGACAGUGUGGUACUUGGUCAACAGCAAUGAAGAUACCAAUAUACUUACUACGCUGAAAGGAAUCUACCAAGGAAACAACUUGACUUUUAUCCAGUUUUUCUGGGAACGAAGAGUUGAGCUGAGGUACAUGAAUUAUACAGUCGCCGAGCUUGCAGCUUCAACAGACGUUCAAAGGGCAGUCAUCAAGAACUAUACUAUACUAGAGACGUUUGAGUUCCUGUAUAAAUAUACUGAGCUUAAUCUGGUGUACAAGGAGAGUAUCGCAGCCAGCAAGAACAUACGAGAGAAGAUCCUGCAACAUUACCAAAUAGCCAACAUGUCAAUCUUGGAAGACACAUUCAAUGUAACAACGUCUUAUCUUCACCUACUCACAGACUUUGAAUUUGAAAACUACGCUAUCAAGUACUACAUCCAUCGCUACGCCAGGUUGCAUUUGAAUAUUACUUAUGGAGAACUCGAAACGUUUGCAAAACUUGAACCAGGAUCAUUGAAAAAUGCAAGCGUCGAAGAUUUCGCUCAACUGAUGUCCCAAAUCGGAGUGGCUUAUGCAGUCAAGGCCCUGCACGAAUCAGGAUUCUUUAAGUACUUGCUCAACAAUCAUUCURCCCUUGAGAUCCACAUGCUGCUACUCAAACAACAGAUCGAGAAAGACAGGCAGCCACUAACCAAGAACUACCGAGUACUSUAUCAGGAAUUUGAGGUUUCUUAUCUUAUCUAUCUGUAUCGUCUAGAUACUACCGUCUUUUACGAACGAACCGUCUUCAACUUCACUGAAACWUUAAAACUUAAUUGGCAUACGUUUCUAGUUUUGUUCGAUCUCAACAAUACARGCCUUGAAGAGGUCAAACUGCUGUUCAAGACAUACUCCUUCAAACAGCUUUCCAUAUUUUUUGGCAUUAAAGAGUACACUAUCUUUAACUGGAAUUUUUUGAAGAUCAUCAACAGAUUACUAUACUUAAASAGGAACCGAAUUGACGAAUGUUCUCUGGGUAGGCACUCUUGUGCAAGACGUUCUCAGUGCAAAAACUAUAUUAUUGGUGGCUAUA